GAGAUGGUACCAAAGUACCUGCGGCAUCUGCUGGCUUGUUUGCUGUGCUCGUUAGUCAAGACUAUAGACCAGUUUGAAUAUGAUGGGUGUGACAAUUGCAAUGCAUACCUACAAAUGAAGGGCAACAGAGAGAUGGUUUAUGACUGCACCAGCUCUUCAUUUGAUGAAAUCAUUGUGAUGAUGAGUCCAGAGGACAGCUGGGUCUCCAAGUGGCAGCGCAUCAGUAACUUUAAGUCAGGGGUGUAUGCUGUGUCCGUCACUGGUUGCCUGCCCCAAGGAAUCAUGCUGAAAAGUUGA